CAUAACCCAUGAUGGCUAAGCCAAUGAAAACUCCUGAAUUGCAUUACCCAGUUUUCAGUAAAUGGAAAAAAUCCGGCUUGCGUAAUGCGUGACACGAAAGAACGCGCGAGCAGCAAAAAUGGCCGCGCAAGACUGAAGAAAGCCCCAAAGGGAAGGACAUCAUCAAAGGCUACGCCCUUUCUCGGUUAUUUUCUUCCGUGCUUUGAACAGUUUGUAUAAAACUUUCGAGAGGAAGACAAAAAGAAUACCUGCCUGGAGUGAAAACACUGACGGUGUACCCAGCGUUUGUGAGCUCCUCAAUGGAGGGUUGAACGAAAAAAAAAUCUUUCCUCAUUCUUGUCAAAGUCAGUAUUUACUUUUUUCUUCCGAAUAAAUUUGGAAGAAGCCAGUCGAGCUAAAAACCAUGCAAGGAAGAAAGGAAUUAUUGUAAAGAUCUCAAUCUAUCACUGCCGGUGGCUGACCCUGCUAAUCCGCCUGUUCUGCAGGCUGAUAGCUCUUCAAAUCGAAGUUUAUUACGUCACAAAAGUUACGAUCAUCUCGACUAACAUCUGACUGAAACGUGCGAAGCUAAUCUGAUACAAAUAGAAAAGAGAAAUUAGUUUCUAUACGUUUCGUAUAUUGAACAACGCGUCGUAUAUCUGGUUCCAUCCCAUCUUUUUCUUUUUUUGAUUAUCUAUACUCCCUGCAAGCAUACUGUUUGUUCUUGGGGAGUUCUUUUGUGUUUCUAUUGCGUCAAAAAGUUUUGUCUAUAUAGGCCUUAUACGUAUGCAACAGAAUCAAUCGCUUGAAAAUGAAAUAGCACGAAGUAAUGAGUAGUUAAAAUCAUUGAUUUUCUCCGUCGACGGGCUCUGCAAAUCAAUUUUUAUGUUGUUUAAAGGUCUUUAUUUAACUAGGAGGAAUGUUGAAAUACAGCUUAACAGAGUUCGAUCUGCAAAGAAUGGUUUUAAUUCUUAAUGUUAAAAAUACGUGACGCGUGUUAUUUUUUACUGUCGAACCGGAAGCCUAAAGCCGCUGUAUAAAAGACUUCAUUUUCUUUACUCACUGCAAGGAUCAAACAAUUCAUUAUGGGUGAAAGCUCAUGGGACGUUAUUGUUUUGUGUUGUUUACUUGCAUAUUUGCAUUUAGUUAAUACAUGCAUUUACGCAUCGAUUCACACUCAACUUCCUUCAUAGCGUCAAUAACAUUGUAUCAGCUUGCUGAUUUACCGGCUUCUGGUCACGAUCGAUGCGCUGACAGAUUGCCGAGAAAAUCGCAUUUGCAGCAUAAAUGGGGUGCUUUCCAAUCAAAGCAUUCAGGAGAUUGCCAGACGACGAACUGGAUCUUGAUAACGCUCCGUUACUUGAAGAAACUUCAAGAUCGGAGGACCCAAGCGAGGAUCGCGAUCUUGUCUGGUCGUCAAAACAUGGUCGAGAUUUAAAUAACCAGUCUACAGACUCCAGAUUAGAAACGCUGUUGCUCAAACUGGAGCACGCUCACAACAUGAGAGAAAAAGUCCAGCGGUUGAAAUCGAAGACAGAACUUGAAAACUACAGGUUAAAGAUAAUUGGUAUUCUCAAUGCGGCAACAAUGGAAAUGAGUCGCUUGACGAAAGAACGCAAACACCACGAAGUGGAAAGAGUCGUAAAAGAGAUUAUGCAACUGAAAAAUGCCCUUGGGGAUGACUUUUUCGAAGCUGCGCAGAUCAACGCCUUCGGCAGGGAAAUUACAGAACUGGGAUCGUUCUUGUUAACAGGUGGACAAUACUUUAAGCCGGUAAUGAUACAAGAAGACGAUGAUAACAUUGUGAAACUUUAUUUCUUCGUCGUUUCUGAAGCGGAAACGACCAAGGUUUUGUUUCGUUAUUAUCUAGAGCACGCAAGCUUUCUGGACGAGUACUUCGCACUGGGACUUGUUACUCCUGAGGGGCACACCCAGGUAGAAAUCUACGGCAACUCAUGUCCGCCUUAUUGGAAAAUUCGACGAGAUGUCAUCAAUAACGCGACAGUUCGUCUCUCUCGAACGUACGAUAACGAGGAUUAUGACAUUGACAACUCUAACGAAUAUGAUUUUUUACAAUGGGGUUUUUCGGAAUGAAGCCAUGGAAAAAAAUAGUAUUUAAACGGUAAUUAUUACAAACGAAGGUUUCUUUUCUCGCAAACAAGAAGGUAAAUCUAAAUGUUUCUCCUUUCACAUUCACGUUUAGAAUGUUUUAAAAAGUUUUACGUGCGUUGAUUCUUUCACUUUCGUAGUUACGUAGUUCAACAAACGCAACCUAAUGUUUACAUUGAGCAGUUUAUCUAUAUAGUUAGCUUUUAGUAUAUUAGGUCAUAUUUUGAUAAUUACAAAUAGAUAUAUUCCUUUCAGAAGUGGCCCAAUGAAAAAUAUUAGUUUGGUAGAUUUCUAACGUUGAUGUAUGUACUUUUAAAAAUGUUCUUAGAAAUGCAUGAGUUGAACAUUUCAAGAAUGCAAAUGAUUCAGUCAUUUUAGAGGUAAAACAAUAGAUACAUGUAAAUAGCGCGCGCGCGCCAUGUUACUUUCACUUUUCACAGUCAAUCAUGAAUUCCCAGGGGGAGGGGUACUCCCUUAUAUGGGCUAUAUAGGUAUGUGCGGCCCCAAAGUGUAUAGGUUUUCAGCUGCUUUGGUCAUAAAUAGAGUAUCGAUUUUGGCCAAUUUGGUCAGAAACAUGAUAUGUUUUUUGCACUCUGGUCUUGAAUUAAGUAUGUUUUUUAGAAGAAGCUACUUUUUCAUAGUUAUCGAUAAGACCA